AUGCGCUAGCUAUACAAAAAGACAAAUAAAAAGCAAACAAACAAAGAAACAAAAAAUAAACAACAGAUAGAUAGAUGGGUAGAAGAAAUAAAUAGGUAAUCAAUAAACGAAUUAAAUAGUACUAUUCUAAUUACUAUUAAGAAAUAAUAAAUUUGUUAAAAAGAAAUAAUAAUAAACAAAAAAAAAUCAAAAGCAAGAAGUAGAGAUUUUUCUAAUCAAAACAAUCAAAAAGAAAAAUAAGCGAACAAAUAUAUUACUUUACAAAACACUAACUAACUAACCUACAUACCUAACUAACUCAUGUCUGCUGAUUCUCAGAACAUGGCAUACUACUAUCCUUAAAAUAUCCACUUAGGAUCUCAUCAGUAGCACUCUCAACUACCUUACUAUGGUGCAACAGCCUAAGCCUUCAUGAGCUCUCAAUACGGCAGAUACAACUAGUUUCAAGACAUAAACGAUAACGGACUGAUCUACUCGUAGAAUUAUUGCUAUUAGCCUCCUAGCUAUUCAAAGAAUUCACUUAACCAACUAAAUAUUGGAAGCGCCCACGGAUUCUGUUAAAACGAAGAUCAUGAUAACAACUAAGUUAGGAGUAGAGGAAACUCAAUCAACUUCAUGCCAAUUGCAUCAGCAAAUCUAGAUGAUAACAAUUUUUACCCUUAAAAUGGCUAGGACCAAAUUGUGAGCUCUAACUUCAAUGAAAUGCAUAUAUAUAACAUACAUAUGCCCUAAUAAACUGGAUAGCCUAUAAUCAAUCCUCAUAUGAAUUAUCACAUGGAAGAUAUUGUUGGAAGCAGCACCAUCUUACAGUGUAAUAUUCAAGAUAUGUAAUACCCAUACAAUUACUAAUAAUCCUUCUCUCACAUUAUGUAUAAUCCUGUUCAUUAAUACCAUCACAAUUAUCCUACAUACUAAAACCCCAUGUAAUCCUAACCCUAUUUAAUGAACGAUAUUUCUAACGUCACUCCAUAGGUAGUUAACCCUGCCAAUAUUUAAAAUUACUAAAACAUAAACUUACCCACUUCACUUCAAAAUCUUAGCUUUGAUGCUGAUAACGCCUAAGUAUUAACUGCUCAAGAGGAGAAGUACCAAAAUAUAGUUAAGGCUACUGAUUAUUCAAAAGUAAUUGAAACUCCACAAAGCAAGAACAAAAAGAAAGGAAAACUUGGAGAUAUUAGCAAAAAAUCUGUACAGAAUGAAAAUGAUCCCUCAAUCAAAUCACCUCCAUCUCACUCAAAAUCAACUGAAAAACUUAAAAAGAAAUUUGUAGAUGACCUUCCAAAGAAGCAGGAAGUGAAAGUAGAAGCUCUGUCAAACGACGAAAACACUCCUGCUCUCCCUACCUUACUAGUUAAGAGAAACACCUCAGAAAUCUGCAGAAACAAAAAAUCAAAAACUCUCUCCGAAGCAACUACAAAUUUUGAACCUUAUAGCGAACUUCAUACACCCACCAAUUUAAAAGAAAAUUCCUACAAGAAAAUAAAAAUAGAAGAAAAGGAUGGAAAAGUAAAAUCAUCAUCUUCUGCUGAUCAACCAUCAACCAAAACUUCCUUUUCAGAACAAUCUAUUUUAUCUCCUCCUAAAAAUUCAUUGCUAUCUCUACCUUAAGAAAAAAUAAUAGAAAUAAUUAAAAACAUAAUGAAAACACUUCCACCAGCAUAUCUCCCUUUUAUGCAUAAAAAAUUGAGUGACUCCCAAAAAUUGGAAUACAUUAAAAAGCACCAUCAAGUACCUUCAAUAGGUGAUUUAAAUAAAAUUAAAUAAUUACUUCCAUCUAAUUUCAGUGAUGUAUUCAAUGUAAAUAUUGACUAAGUGUAUCAAAACUCCUUUAUCAUGAGCGGAAUCUUCCAAAACAUACCUGAUGAAUCUCAAAAAAAAAUAGGAACACUCACAAGAAAAGAACGCAGAGAAAAGAUCACCAAAUACAAAAUUAAAAGAGACAAACGCGCCAGCUUUAGGAAAAUUUCUUAUGACGUUCGCAAGAGAGUUGCUGAUAGCAGAUUAAGAGUAAAGGGAAGAUUCGUAACCAAAGAGCAAGCUCUCCACAUGAUUGGCGAUUUCAGUGGUGAAAUCGACAAAUAUACAAAUUAAGAAUUGAGAGAGCUUCUCAUUAAAAAGUUUUGUGGGGAAAACAGUGACCGCUUGAAGAAAUUCCCUCUUGAUUGUGACGAAAAUAAUAAUUAAAAUAAAAUGGCUUAUGACUACGAAGAAAUUGACUCUGAUGAAGAUGAUUAAGAUGAGGAAGAAAUUUGA